AUGGCAUUCAAGAACGUGCCCUUUCGCACUGAGGUCCUGAGUUGGGACCCUGACACCCUUGCAGACUAUUUCAAAAAGCUAAACUACAAGGACUGUGAAAAGGUCGUGAGGAAAUAUCACAUUGAUGGGCCACGUUUUCUGAGCCUGGCAGAGAACGACAUCCAGAAGUUCCCUAAGCUCCGCGUGCCGAUUCUCAGUAAGUUAAGUCAAGAAAUCAACAAGAAUGAAGAAAGAAGGAGCAUUUUCACACGCAAACCCCAAGUCCAGCGGUUUCCAGAGGAGACAGAGAGCCAUGAGGAAGACAACGGAGGCUGGUCGUCCUUUGAAGAAGAUGACUAUGAAAGUCCCAAUGACGAUGCAGAUGCGGAGGAUGAUGGUGACUAUGAGUCCCCCAACGAAGAAGAAGAGGCACCUGUGGAAGAUGAUGCCGAUUACGAGCCGCCACCCUCCAACGAUGAGGAAGCUCUGCAGAACUCCAUCCUGCCUGCCAAGCCUCUGUCCAACCCCAACUCCAUGUACAUAGACCGCCCCCCCACUGGAAAAGUGCAGCAGCCGCCGGUGCCCCCACAGAGGCCGACCGCGCUCCCUCCUCUGCCCGCGGGCGGCCGGACCCACCAGCCACUACCCCCACCCCAGCCCAACCACGAGGAGCCGAGCAGAAGUCGGAACCACAGAACGGCCAAGCUCCCUGCUCCUUCCAUAGACAGAAGCACGAAACCAGCCCUAGAUCGUUCAUUAGUUCCAUUUGACAGAGAGCCCUUCACUCUAGGUUGGCCUCCUGGGGAGCAUUUGCCCAAGAUACCUAAGCCCCCGUUACCGCCAGCCACGGAGAGGCAGGACAGAGGCAGCCCCCUGCCAGGGAAGAAGCCGCCUGUGCCAAGGCAUAUGCGGGGACCAGAGAGAAGAGAAAAUGAUGAAGAUGAUGUACAUCAAAGACUUCCGCCCCAGCCAACACCUCUCCCCAUGACCUCCAACACCUUCCCUUCAAGAUCUACGAAGCCAUCGCCCAAGAACUCCCUCCCAUUAACUCACUCAUCUGGAGGCUUCUCAGAAAGUAACUGUAACUUUUCACAGAGUGCCUCCCUGCCACCAUACUUCUCUCAAGGUUUCAGCAGACCACUUCCCAGAGUGGAAGGCAGGAACUUCUCGCCAGUUCCAAGCAAGCAUCGACCACAAUCCCCCGGGGAAGAAGAGAAUUCAUUAAAUGAAGACUGGUAUGUUUCUUAUAUUACCCGAACAGAAGCAGAAGCGGCUCUUAGAAAGAUAAACCAGGAUGGCACUUUCCUGGUUAGAGACAGCUCUAAAAAAACCAUCUCCAAUCCAUAUGUUCUCAUGGUGUUGUACAAAGAUAAAGUUUACAACAUCCAGAUCCGUUAUCAGGAGGAAAGCCAAGUUUACUUGUUGGGAACUGGACUCCGAGGGAAAGAGGACUUUCUGUCUGUGUCAGAUAUUAUCGACUACUUCAGAAAAAUGCCGCUUCUGCUUAUUGAUGGAAAGAACCGAGGUUCCAGAUACCAGUGCACGUUAACGUAUUCUGCAGGUUAUCCCUAG